CCGAGUGCUCACCAUGGCAGCAGGAGCACAAAGAGGGACAGACCCCCCAAGAGGUGGAAUGGUGGCUGGUGCAGCAGGUGUUGGGCUGCACUGCAGUGCUGCAUGGAUGGAGGCAUGACCUCCUAGAUCCUCACUGCUGCUGCCUGUCCUGAGCUUAGAUGGGGGAUAUUGAAGAGGUUUUUGCGUCCUUCUUGGCUGCUGAAGCAGUAGAAGGAGAGGAGGCCCUGCUAUAUCUGACAAGGCGCUGCAGAGGGCUGGCAGUGAGUGCAUGUGCCCAUGCUGUUUUCUUCUGCAGACUUCUUCAGGCCUUCAGGGUGAGCAGCACUGGGAAGGCCUUGCUGACUUCUCUGGCAGAUAGCCACAGCCUGAAGGUUGGCAUUAUUGGUGGAGGCCGCAUUGGGAAUCAGCUGGCCCGAGCACUGGUGACAGUGGGUCGGGCUCCUUGCUCCAGUGUCCGCAUUUCUACCCGGCGCCCCGAGAGCCUGUCAGACUUGCAGAAACUAGGAUUCACCUGCUUCUACGACAAUGCGCAGCUGGCAGCCUGGGCAGACGUCCUGUUCCUCUGCUGCCUGCCAUCGCACAUGCUGUCCAUCUGCUCUGCAGUUCGGCCAGCCAUUCGGAAACCCUGCAUUGUGUACAGCCUCAUCACUGCCAUUCCUCUGCCCAGGUUGAAGCAACUCCUUUGCUACAAUGCCAUCGUGAGGCCACAGUACCAGUGCCCUGGCAAGGAGCCUACAAAGGAGUGGGGGACAAAGGGGUCGGUCACAGAGGCACUGCAAGACCUUGCUGUUGUGCAGGCAACAUGCCCCCUCAGCUCCCAAGCGAAAAUAAAGUCAACGGCAAAUGGCUGGUGGGCAUUUUCUAUGCAGCCCUGAACAGCAGCAUGUGGCAGAGCCUGCCUCACCAGGAGGCACUGGCAUUGCUCAAUGACCUCUGUUUCUCUGGACACUGCCGUAUCUGUGCAGAGCAGAAAGCUUCCUGCCCACAGUUUACAUGCGAGAGUUUUGUCAGCAGAAGUUUUGCCUCUUCAAUGACUCAAGAGGAGUAAGUAAAGGGUUGGAUGCUGCUUUCCCAUGCUUUCUCUGUGCUCUAAAACUUGCCAUAUCCCACAGCUGAAGCAUGGUGUUGUCUUGCUGGGUUGGAAGUUGUUGAAAUGUGUAUUGCUCUUAGGGACAAUGUACCUGCCAGGAAAGAUUGCUUUAGAUGUGCUAGAAAUAAAAGGCCUGGACUGUCAUCACUGGGUUGUUUUGUCCUGGUCCCCAGUUCCUGUCUGCCUCCUGGUCAGGAUUGUCUGAAGCCACAGGUCAGGACUGGGCUAUCGGAUGCAGAAAACAAAAUCCUCUGGGAAUAUUUGGAGAAGAUUUUUUAUGGGUAAUUAACUUACUUUAGCUCACAGACAAGAUUAUUGAGGAUGUUAAGUUAGGACAUUCUGCUUGAGGGAAAAUGCCUCUAUUGGUUCAGGUGCUCUCUACAAUCAUUAUGUUCAGUUUUUGUUUGAAUCGUGCAGUAAUGACUGGAGCUUCAGAUUCAGGUCUUGGAGUACAAUUGUUUUCCAAAACCAAAGAAAGAGGCUAGCACUCAGAUUCUAAAGACAACUAAUAUUUGUUAAAUUAUUAGCAAGGCUGUUAUUGUCUAUAGAAGAUUCUGUUUUUUCU